ACCAGGGUCCCGAAGCUCCGCCACGCUUUGCCCCAGCCAAGCGCAUCACCCUCACCACAGCCAAGAGCUCCAGUCGCACCUCGCUAGGAAUGGACCCCAACUGUUCCUGCUCUACUGGUGGCUCCUGCACCUGUGCCGGCUCCUGCAAAUGCAAAGACUGCAAAUGCACCUCCUGCAAGAAGAGCUGCUGCUCCUGCUGCCCCGUGGGCUGUGCCAAGUGUGCCCAGGGCUGUGUGUGCAAAGGAGCAUCUGACAAGUGCAGCUGCUGUCCCUGAAGAAGGGGCACCCAGCUCCCAGAUGUAAAUAGAGCCAUGUGUACAAACCUGCAUUUUUCAAAAUUUUCAUACUUCCCUGGCCUUUUGGCUCCAUUUUUUCCUGUAAAAUAUGUGGAUGAUA